AUGGUAACCGUGGACAUCUGUUCAAAGCUCACCGAGGAAACGGUUAGGGCUGCGGAAUUUGAGCAACAACUAAGAAAUAAACGAUUGGACCUGAAGCCAAACGUUGAGAAAGAAAUGGGCAUUACAAAAAUUAAGCGAACUGAUGAUACGAAGAUUAGGAGCUUUUACACCACCGAAGUCAAGAGUUUGAAGCCAGGAGAUGCCAAACCAUGGAAAAAGCAAGCACACUACUUUCAGACGGUUCAUAUAGCGAUUUCUGCUUUGAUCAAAAUGACAGUGCACGCAAGAUUGGGAGGACCACUGGAGAUUAUGGGAAUGAUGACUGGCAAGUAUAUUGGAAAUGAUCUCGUAGUUCUCGACAGUUUCCCACUUCCAGUUCAUGGUACAGAGUCAAGGGUUAACCCGCUAGAUGAGGCAUAUGAGUUCAUGCUUAGUUAUAUUGAGCAGGAGCACAAAUCAGGUUUGCAUCCCGAAAAUAUCAUUGGCUGGUAUCAUUCACAUCCAGGAUUUGGAUGCUGGCUUUCGGGUAUAGAUGUGAAGACACAACUACUCAAUCAGACGUUUCAAGAUCCGUAUGUGGCAAUAGUUAUUGACCCCGAACAGACUGCCAGUCUUGGAAAAGUUUCGAUCGGCGCAUUUCGGGCCUAUUAUCCUAAUGCACGACAGGAUGAGAAGAUACAGUCGGAAAUACGCCAUGGCGUAACAAAUAGAACGGAAAUAAAGGACCAGACAAGCCAUGAGCAGUUGAAAGAUUACGGAUUUCAUGCCAACCAGUACUACGCGCUUAAUGUUAGUGUUUUCUGCACAGAUGAGGACCAGAAAGUUCUUUCCAACAUGGGCACAUCAAGCUGGUUUUCGGCUCUUUGUGACACGGUGAAAUCUAAUGAUGCUGUGGAUAUUGAAGAGUUAAGUCGAUUGAACGAUCACGUGAGCAGAGAAAUUAACAGUGCACUCAGGAAUAACGAAUACAGAAGUGGAGCGGAGAUGGAAAGAACUUCUUCUUCUUCGAACUACAGGCGGCAGGUUUCGGCUAUCUCUUCGCCAAUGUUUGGGGCAUCUGAUGGUCCAGGUUCGAAAUCGGGGGGUAGGCAAAAAGAAGAUGAUGAGUACAGAGGUGCCUUGCUAACACAACACAUUGAUGUAAGUGCAGUAAGUGCUAUGCAACGCUAUUUGGCUGAUGAGGCACUUGAUGAGCUCUUUGGAUGA